UUAAUGUACAAAACUGCUUCUUUCAUAAGGUAUGUGUGCAUUGUACAUGUUAGAAAUACACAUUUAUGAUUGCGUUAUAAAUGACGUCGUUUCAUACAUGUAGUUUAUUUGGUGAUUUAUGCUACUACUUGUGUUAUUUGUAUUACAUUCUUGAAGUGUUUGAUUGUUAACGUUUAAAUGAAAUGACAUUAAUCUUCUAAAAGUUCAAAUAAGGUUAUAUUUUCCCCCUAAUUAUAUGCGUAUAUAAACAAUAAGAAACGCAACAGGCGAUAUUUAACGAUCACUGCUCAACAAAUCAAUCCUAACAAAUAAAAUUAUAUAAAAGAAGUUACAAUAUAAAUACGCGAUUGAUUUGCAUAAACAAUCUAACCAAUAAGAAACAUAAUCAAGAAAGGAAUCAUUUAGGACUUUGGUUCGUAUCAGCGUUCUAACAAGAAAUGACGUAACACGCUCUUAAAAUGCUUAUAAUCUGAGAGAUAUUUUAGCAAAAAAAAUAUUUAAAUGCACAUUCGUUGCUUCAUUUUCAUUUGAUGAAUACGUUUUUAUUAACGAUAAUGUUGUCAUCUCUACUUGUAUUGGAACGCUUUUGUUUAAAAAAAAAUCUGGUGUAAUGUAGCCUUUAUUUUUCUGGGAAGCUUAUCGUGGUUACUCCAUACAAUGCGCCUCGCGCUCGAAAUCAUCAAAUUUGAUAAUCCUCUUAUACUAGACUUUUUUUCCACGGUAUUUAGUAAUCAUCGUGAUGAUAAUGAGGAGGAGGAAGAGGAGGAGGAUGUUAUUGAUGAUGAUGCUUAGUCAAGACCACGAAGACACGACGCGAGAUCACUAUAUUUUGGGUCAACACCUACUGCUGACGUCUAAUGUGCCUGUGGUAGAAGAAAACAACCCACUGACAUUUACCUGUGUCCUGCCUUCUAAUGGGGCAAAUACGGGAUGGAUUGUGAAUGGUGUUAGGACAGAAACGGCGCUACUGGAUGACGGGAGAUGCAUACAGCCAUCUGCACCACCACAGGGGUUUAUCUACACGUGCGUCAGUUCAACUGUCUUCACUUUGACCAUCCUUCAGGUGAAACGUGAACAAAAUGGAGAUCAGUGGACGUGCGAUUCAUGGAUAAACGGCGGAACUUUAUAUAGCAACAACGUUACCCUAAAGGUUCAAGACAUAGUAACCACGUCAACUACGACAUCCACUACGCAGACUACUACGGCGUCCUCGACUACAACGGCUGCAAUUGACCAACAGUCGAUAUUACAGAUUGGACCAAUUGUUGGUGGAGCUGUGGCAGGGAUUAUUCUUGUUGUCGUCUUAGUGGGUUUGGUGUACGAGUCUGUGAAGGAUUGCCAUCAGCUUCUCUGCAGAAACCCGGUGACGCUGCAGACGUCGACGAUACAAGCGCACAAAAUGCUGUAGAUUCAAACAAUCGCAAGGCCAAAAAAGAUCAAAGUCCUGAUCCGGAUGUGGACCGAACAUUGAUUCCCGUUCACAGUUAUCUUGAGCUGGAACCCGAUAAUACGUAUGAUAAUACGUAUGACUACGUAACUGAGUGUGGUCUGCGACCCAAAAUGGCACUUCCGCCGCCUCCAGACGACAAGGGAGGGCCACUCAGCAGUAAGGUAGAUGAUGGGUAUUUAACACCGAUGAACACGCGUAUUUGAGGAGUGCAUCAAUGGCAUGGUAACAAAGUAAAGCCAUUUCAAUGUUCAACACAUACAUAAAACAUAACACUCAAAUAAUGUAAUUAUGUAUCUGUACGGUCUUGAUCACAACGUGCUUAAACAAUUAUUACAUGUAUAAUAUGUUAACCAAAUUCCAAUCCAUAUAUGUUUUUUAGUAACUUGAUUGUGCUCUGUACAUUAUGUAAGCAUGAAGUCAUUCAAGAGACCAAAUAUAAGUGUACAUAAUACUGUUAACGAAUCUAAAAGACAAAUUGAUAACCCAAAUGAUUUGUUUAUGCUAAACCAACGCAUAUUUAUAUGUUUUAAAUUAUGUAUCGCCUGUUCCAGUCAGUGGGGAUAUACAUCAAGUUAUCACUUCGAUAAAUGCACUAAAUGUGAGUACUUUUUCCGUAAAGUGUAGGCGUUCAAUAUGUUAUUCACUCGAUAUUAACACACGUUUGUUUUCAGUAUUUGUGAUAUCAUUUUUCCCUCCUUUUCCUGAGUGUAAUGUUACACCCGAAUCAAAUUCUAAUUGGACUUUAAUGUGAUGAGAUCUUAUUGACUUUUUAAACAGCCAUUCAGAAUCUAAGGCUUAUUGUUGUUACGAACCUCAACUAUCUCUUGUCGUUAUGUAGAUUGCUAUGUCCCCGGUAGGGUGGCGUAUAGUAGCCAGACUGUUCGUAAGUCCGUCCGUCUGUCCGCCUAUCCGGAAUUCCAUUUCCGGAGUGUUUUUCUUAAUGCUUUUAUAUAUUUACUUGAUGUUAUAUAUGUGCAAAUACAGAUCUAGUACGAGUUCCGUUAAGGUCAAUUGAUUUUUGGCGAAGUUAUGGACCUUGGACAUUUCUCGACAAUGAAAGAUGUCCUGACAUUUUUGCUCAACGCUUGCCCAUGUUUACCAAAUUUUUGUUGUGUGAGUCUUUCUUUAUGACAUACAUAUCCAGUUUGAGUUUCAUUACAGUCCAACGACUUUUGACUAAGUUACAGGCAUUGAACAAUGGAAUUUUCUUUAACAUAAUACUUUUCCGGAAUCGUUUUUCGAAACGCUUUGUGAUAUUUGCCAGAUUUUUUGGAAGGUGAGUCUACGAGCAGGAGUUUCAGAUCAAGUUCAAAUUUUGUUCUGGUCCAUUGAUUUUGGCGAAGGUAUGGGCCUUGGACUUGCAUAUAUUUACCUUAUUUGUGGUGUGUGACACUAUCUACAUGACAUACAUACCAAGUUUGAGUUUCAUUCCGGUCCAUUCAGUUUGUCGAAGUUACGGGUCUUGGACUUUUUUCUCCAAACAAUUUUCU